UCGUAAAAUUUAUAUUCACCCACAUAUCGACUCUUACGAGGUCAUUUCUUGUCAUCGUCAGCAGACAGCACACAGCGCAGAACCCACAAAAGGAAUCUGUUUUCAGAAUUGAUUUGGAGAUAUGGCAGAGGAAAAUGUUGGAAUUGCGAAGGAUGUAACUGAAUUGAUUGGUAAAACCCCAUUGGUGUACUUGAAUAAUGUUGUUGAUGGUUGUGUCGCGCGAAUUGCAGCCAAGCUGGAAUCUAUGGAGCCAUGCUCUAGUGUUAAGGAUAGGAUUGGUUACAGCAUGAUUUCAGAUGCUGAGGCAAAAGGCCAUAUCAAACCCGGGGAGAGCGUCCUUAUUGAACCUACAAGUGGUAACACUGGCAUAGGUUUGGCUUUUAUGGCAGCAGCAAAGGGUUACAGGCUUAUCAUUACCAUGCCUUCUUCUAUGAGCCUCGAGAGAAGAAUUAUUCUUCGUGGUUUCGGUGCUGAAUUGGUCCUUACUGACCCUGCUAAGGGAAUGAAAGGUGCUGUUCAGAAAGCUGAAGAGAUACGAGAUAAGACACCUAACUCCUACAUUCUUCAGCAGUUUGAAAAUCCUGCCAACCCAAAGAUACAUUAUGAAACCACUGGACCAGAGAUCUGGAAAGGGUCGAAUGGAAAAAUUGAUGCUUUUGUUUCUGGGAUUGGUACUGGAGGCACAAUCACUGGUGCAGGAAAGUUUCUUAAAGAGCAGAACCCUGAUAUAAAGCUGUAUGGUGUGGAACCAGUUGAAAGUCCUGUUCUUUCUGGUGGAAAACCUGGUCCGCAUAAGAUUCAAGGAAUUGGUGCUGGUUUUAUUCCUGGUGUUUUAGAGGUUGAUCUUAUUGAUGAAGUAAUUCAAAUUUCAAGUGAUGAAGCCAUAGAAACUGCAAAGCUUCUUGCAUUGAAAGAAGGGUUGCUAGUGGGAAUAUCAUCUGGUGCUGCUACUGCUGCUGCAAUUAGGAUUGCAAAGCGGCCAGAGUAUGCUGGAAAACUCGUUGUUGUGAUUUUCCCAAGUUUUGGUGAGCGGUAUCUUUCCUCUGUGCUUUUUGAAUCCGUGAGGCGAGAGGCAGAGAACAUGACAUUCGAGUAAACACUUUGCUGGCUUUCGAUCCCCUCCCGUGUUUUUGAGCAAGACCAUACAUGUCAAACCCUAUUUCAGUUUUCUUCAAAUAUUUCAGAUGACAUUGUUGAAAAUAAUUUACUUCUGUUAUUACUUGGUUCAAUAAAAAUGUGUGUUAAUUUUUUUCA